CAGACGCAGUCUCCCGGGCAGCCGGCCCAGCCGGCCCCCAUGGUGCAGCUCCACCAGAAGCAGAACCGGAUCACGCCCAUCCAGAAACCCAGAGGACUCGAUCCGGUGGAAAUCCUGCAGGAGAGGGAGUACAGGCUGCAAGCUCGCAUUGCUCACAGAAUCCAAGAGCUGGAAAACCUUCCUGGCUCCCUGGCUGGUGACCUGAGAACCAAAGCUACCAUUGAACUUAAAGCACUAAGGCUGCUUAAUUUUCAGCGACAGCUGCGUCAGGAAGUCGUGGUGUGCAUGAGGCGAGACACGGCCUUGGAAACGGCCCUGAACGCCAAGGCGUACAAGCGCAGCAAGCGGCAGUCCCUGCGCGAGGCUCGCAUCACCGAGAAGCUGGAGAAGCAGCAGAAGAUUGAGCAAGAACGGAAACGCAGGCAGAAGCACCAGGAAUACCUCAAUAGCAUUCUCCAGCACGCUAAAGAUUUCAAGGAAUACCAUCGCUCCGUCACAGGCAAAAUUCAAAAGCUGACCAAGGCGGUGGCUACUUACCACGCCAACACGGAGCGCGAGCAGAAGAAGGAAAACGAGAGGAUCGAGAAGGAGAGAAUGCGCCGUUUGAUGGCUGAAGAUGAGGAAGGAUACCGCAAGCUCAUCGAUCAGAAGAAGGACAAGCGCUUGGCCUACCUGCUGCAGCAGACGGACGAGUACGUAGCCAACCUGACGGAGCUGGUGCGGCAGCACAAGGCCGCCCAGGUGGCCAAGGAGAAGAAGAAGAAAAAGAAAAAGAAGAAGGCAGAGAACGCGGAAGGGCAGACUCCGGCGAUCGGACCAGAUGGCGAACCGCUGGACGAGACGAGCCAAAUGAGUGACCUCCCUGUCAAAGUGAUCCACGUGGAGAGCGGCAAGAUCCUCACCGGCACCGAUGCCCCGAAGGCAGGCCAGCUCGAAGCCUGGCUGGAGAUGAACCCCGGAUAUGAAGUAGCUCCAAGAUCUGACAGUGAAGAAAGUGGGUCAGAAGAGGAGGAGGAGGAGGAGGAAGAGGAGCAACCGCAACCUGCUCAGCCUGCCCUGCCUGUGGAGGAGAAGAAAAAGAUCCCCGAUCCAGACAGCGACGAUGUCUCAGAAGUGGAUGCCAGACACAUUAUCGAGAACGCUAAGCAAGACGUUGAUGACGAAUACGGGGUGUCUCAAGCUCUGGCGAGGGGCCUGCAGUCGUACUACGCCGUGGCCCACGCCGUCACCGAGAGGGUGGACAAGCAGUCCACGCUGAUGGUCAAUGGAGUCCUCAAGCAGUACCAGAUCAAAGGUUUGGAGUGGCUGGUGUCCUUGUACAACAACAACCUGAACGGCAUCCUGGCAGAUGAAAUGGGUCUGGGCAAAACCAUCCAGACCAUCGCUUUAAUCACAUACCUCAUGGAGCACAAACGGAUCAACGGACCCUUCCUCAUUAUAGUACCUCUCUCAACUCUGUCGAAUUGGGCGUAUGAGUUUGACAAAUGGGCUCCUUCUGUGGUGAAGGUCUCAUACAAGGGCUCUCCAGCAGCAAGACGGGCAUUCGUACCUCAGCUCCGAAGUGGGAAAUUCAAUGUCUUGCUGACUACUUACGAAUAUAUCAUCAAAGAUAAGCACAUCCUGGCCAAGAUCCGCUGGAAGUACAUGAUCGUGGACGAGGGCCACAGAAUGAAGAACCACCACUGCAAGCUCACCCAGGUCCUCAACACGCACUACGUGGCUCCGCGUCGUUUGCUGCUGACGGGAACCCCGCUGCAAAACAAGCUCCCGGAGCUGUGGGCCCUCCUCAAUUUCCUCCUGCCGACCAUCUUCAAGAGCUGUAGCACGUUCGAGCAGUGGUUUAACGCUCCUUUUGCCAUGACGGGAGAAAAGGUGGACCUGAACGAAGAAGAAACCAUCCUGAUCAUUCGGCGUUUGCACAAAGUGCUGCGCCCCUUCCUGCUGCGGAGGCUGAAGAAGGAAGUAGAAGCGCAGCUGCCUGAAAAGGUGGAGUACGUGAUCAAGUGUGACAUGUCCGCCCUGCAGAGGGUCCUCUACAGGCACAUGCAGGCCAAGGGGGUGCUGCUCACGGAUGGCUCCGAGAAGGACAAAAAGGGUAAAGGCGGUACGAAAACCUUAAUGAACACGAUCAUGCAGCUGCGGAAGAUCUGUAACCACCCCUACAUGUUUCAGCAUAUAGAGGAAUCCUUUUCCGAGCACUUGGGGUUCACGGGAGGUAUCGUGCAAGGACUGGAUCUGUACCGUGCCUCGGGCAAAUUUGAGCUCCUCGACAGAAUUCUCCCCAAACUGCGAGCCACCAACCACAAGGUGCUGCUCUUCUGCCAGAUGACCUCCCUCAUGACCAUCAUGGAAGAUUAUUUUGCUUAUCGUGGAUUCAAAUACCUCAGGCUGGACG